AUGGCCACUACGGUUCAUGUUAAGAACAUCGGCGGAAAGACCGAGGACAAGGAAAUAAGGGACUUUUUUAGCUUUUGCGGCAAAAUUACCGACAUCAGCAUCACCAACGAAGGCGAGACCCGCAAUGCCACCGUCAGCUUUGAGAAGGACACAGCCGCUCGGACGGCCCUGCUGCUGAACCACACGCAGCUGGGCGGGCGUGAGAUCAGCGUCUCGAGCGAGGGCGCCACGACGCCCACCCACGAGGAGGGCGAGUCCGGCACGGCCGCCGAGCGGGGGCCCGACGAGGGGCUCAGGCAGGAGGAGAAGCCGCGGUCGCGGAUCCUGGCCGAGCUGCUGGCGCACGGGUACGUGGUGGCGGACGCGGGCCUGCAGAAGGCGAUUGCGCUGGACGAGAAGCACGGCGUGACGAACCGCUUCGUGGCGACGCUCAAGCAGCUGGACGAGCGGACGCGGGCGACGGACCACGCGCGCGCCGCCGACGCCAGCUACGGCAUCUCGCAGCGCGCCAGCUCCCUGCUCACGGGCCUCAACUCGUACUUUGAGCGCGCCUCCAACACCCCGACCGGCAAGCGCCUCGUCGACUUUUACACGACCAGCCAGCGCCAGGUCCAGGACAUCCACAACGAGGCCAGGCGCCUGGCCAACCUCAAGAAGGAGGAGGCCGGCGGCAACCUCUACAAGGCUGUUGGUUUGGAUAAGGCCCAGUCUGCUCCCGCCCAGGGUCAAGGAGAAAAGGGUGCUACGCACCAGCCCCCCGGCGCCGCUCCUGCCAACGCGGCUGCUACCGAGACGCGCAACCCGACUGCUGAGUCCGGGACGAAUCCGGAAACCAUUCACUAA